GGCGGUUGGUAAAAGUCAUUUAAAGCCCUAGCUAUUCAUUUUGAACCUUUUACGCUCAUCUGGAAGACUGUUCUUGAACCCUUAACGAGUCAGGUGGCUUUAAAAUGAAGAAUAUGUCGUCUAGCAGUAUUCACUAUUUUCGGAUAAUCUUUGAAGUAUUAAAUUCUAACGGUCCUGUCUUAUACGAUACAAAAUGUUUUUAAAACCAUUCUCCGUGAGAUCUAAUUCUCAAAUUAAGUCUUGUGAAAAGAAGCAACUUCUAAACUCAUUCUAUGAUCAGUAUGAAUUAGAUCCUACAAAUAUUUUGGAAAUCUUUAAAACAAAAGAUGUUCACCGUUUAAAAGUUAUAACUUCUUCAGAAAUAAAAGUGAAUAUCUACAAAUUUGGAAAUAUUCCUUUAAUUAUUGAAAAUGAAAAAGAAUGCCUCCCCACAGUUUACCUUCUAUGGCAUCUGCCGAGCCUCCUCCCACACUUCAAAGUACAUGAGAACUUAGUUCCCGUUCUAAUGAAAGGGGCUGACCUUAUGCUUCCGGGAGUAGUAACUGAUGGUCCGAUUCUCCCUUAUACAUUUAAUAAGAUAGAGAAGGGUGUUCUUUGUUGUAUCAGCACAACUUCCAACCGCGCACCAAUAGCUAUCGGGCACACAGCUAUGUCAAACUACGAUAUGUACAUGAGUGCCGGUAAGGGGAAAGCUGUAUCCGUGUUUCAUGUUAUAGGCGAUCAUGUGUGUUCCCUGGUGUCAUCAUUUAACCGUCCCAUUCUCCCGUGGCCUAUUAUCGAUGAGAGUUCUCCUAAAACAAAUGAAGAAAUAGACAAUGUCGAUGAUGGGUCGAAGUCCCCAGUAAAUAUAUUGUCUCAACAAAUAUCGGACGAUAAAAAUAUCAGCGAAGAAUUGAAUGAUCUUUAUUUCAAAGAAGCAGUUGAGUUACAACCAUCACUUGAUCUUGAUAAAAUUCUACGGGAGUGUUUUUUGAAAGGUCUUAAGUUGAUCAAAGCAAAUCAACUUCCAAUACCAGUGAAUAUUUUCUAUUCUCAAUACGUUCUGGUGCAUAAAUCUCCAUCAGUGGAUCUAGAUAUCAGGAAAACAAAAUUUAAAAAGGUUGGCCUAUUUUUAAGAGCUAUGCAAGAUGAAGGUUUCGUUGAGGUGACUGAACCGAAGUCUGGUGUAUUGAUGUUAAAUCAUAUUAAUAAAGAUCAUAUUGAAUUACGAGGAGUAACCGUUCCUGCUUCAAUAAUAGAUCCUAAAGUUGAGUGUCAUUGGCCAGAUGACUAUAUGGGCCCUCCCCAAAUUGAAGAUAUUCGAAUAAUUAAAGGACCUGUUACAGCUUUAUUUUCACAGUUUGGUUAUAAAUCAGGUGAAUGUAUUAGCCAAUCAGAAGCUAGACGAACUAUUGAUAACUAUGUUCGAAACAAUAAGCUUCAGUUGACUACAGAUCCGAGAUUAGUUCAUUUAGACAAAUUAUUAACGAGCAUAUGUGAGCCGAAAACGUUUAUUGAAUCCCCUGAAAGUACCAUAACAAAUCCAAUUUUUCACAUUCGUUUUGGUGAUCUUAUUUCUCAAGCUUUAAAAAACUUAACUACUGCUUAUCGUAUAAUUUAUCCGAAUAUGUCCACCCCUGUCAUCUGGAAUAAAAAAGAGCCACCUCAUAUACAUUUGUAUACUGUUACGAAAGCUGGAAAGAAAUUGACUCGAAUAGCGGAAUUGGAAGAUUUUCACAUUAAUCCAGAUUCAUUUUCUAAACAACUGAAAAUACAUUUAGCCUGUUCAGCCGGGAAAACAGACGAUCAACAAUACCCUGGUAAAACUGUCAUUCAAGCCCAAGGUGUUCACCUUGUAGCUAUCUCGAAAUUACUUACAGAAUCGUAUUCAAUACCAAAGCGAUUUAUUAAAGGCUACACAGAACCAGAUAAAAAGAAAAACAUAGUUUAUUAAGCCAAAUAGCAUACUUUGACUUUGGCUGAACCAAAACUGUUCGACAGUCCAGAGAAUAGCUUAGAGUUGAACCUGUAGGAAAUUGCUUCCUACACUGCAGUUCUGGCCAAGUAAGGACAAAACUGCGACACAAGACAACACUAAACGAUUUUCUGCAUUAUACGUUCAGUGGUUUUCUACUACUAUCUCCAGAUCGUAGACAAGACUGUAAACUAUUGGGUGAUGUUAAGAGGAAGUUUUCCGGGUCACAAAGUAACAAACAAAGAAGACAUUCUCUCCAACGAAUCCGUGAAGUUGUUUUGUUGACAGCGGAAUCACUUGAUACACGUAAAAGUAGUGGGCCGAAGCGUUUUACAAUCUUUGGGAAAAAACAUAUUGAAAAGUAAAUAUCUCAGCAUAAAUUGAUACAAAGAAAUGACGAAAUUUUAUUUUAUAUGGCAUGCACGCACAAUGAGUGCUUCGAUGGGAAAUGAAAAAGGGAAUGAUCACAUCAAACAAGAAUAUCAAGCCACAUACUGAAAUGUAAACCUUUUGAUUAAGCGAUAUGAGAUUACUAGUCUUAAAAAAUAUCAGGUGAUUGAUUAUCGCAUCGGGUUAGAGUCAUGGUGUAAACACCAGCACUGGAAUGCAGGUACAUCCAACUGACGAAUCUCAAAAAGGACGAAAAGUAUAUCCUGAUAUCUACAGUUAGCCACUGUAGAACUCCAAUUAAUACGAAAUAGUAUGCUUUAGUAGUUUAUAUUAAUAUUACUACUCAUUUAUUUUGCCUUCAUUAACAUUAUUUUUUUCCUACUGUUAGUGAUAUUGUUGGUUUAGUAACAGUUUAUUUAAAUUUGAUUCUUCCUUAACUAUGCAGAUAAUGAAUACACGUCUAUACUAUGUUUC